AAUUAUCAACCUGCCUAUGUACCUAAGUGGUUUUUGAUUCAUAUUUGGUCCUAUGCAGUUGUCGACAUCAUUAGCCAGGCGUCGCGAAACAAACCGGACUGAAUAAUCCAGAUGGCCAACUUCGCCCCGGAUGAAUCUUUUCCUCCAGUAACGAAUAUCUGCCAUGCAGAAAAUGUUGGUACUUUGUCCCUAUUCGAUUUGACCGGCAAGACCGCGCUGGUCACAGGAGGUAACGGAGGCAUUGGAUCUGGAAUGGCACGCGGACUCGCGGAAGCUGGCGCAGAUAUCAUCAUCAUACAGAUCCCAGGCGAAGUCUCGACAUUUGCCAGUGACCUUGCUGCUGCAACUGGGCGUCUGGUCGACGUGUAUGAUUGUGAUUUGGGAAAGUCGGACGUGAUUCGCACGACGGUCGCCCAGAUACUGGAGAGAGAUGGUCGGCAGGUCGAUAUUCUGUGCAAUUGCGCUGGUAUCACGGGCGGGUUUGUUCCGAUAUUGUCUGAGACGGACGAGCAUCGCGAGUCGUUCAAAUCCAUUAUCAUGCAGUCUACAUUCUAUCGCAUAUUGUUUGGCAGACAUAUGGCGGAACGGGGCCUUGGAGGCAAAAUCAUCAACAUUGCCUCGUUGGCCGCGGAGCGCUCGUUGACCAGGUUCUCGGUCUACGAGCCUAUAAAAGCUGCGGUGGGACAGCUUACAAAUUGGUUGUCUACUGAGUUGGCUGUAUACAAUAUACAAGUCAAUUGCUUGUAUCCUGGGUGGACCCAUACUCCAUUGUCGCAAAAGACGACCGAGAACGCGGAGGUGAGUAACAAGAUCAUCUCAGGCGUGCCUGCAGGACGAUGGGGCAAGCCACAGGACUUUAAGGGGGUGACUGUAUUUCUGGCGAGUUCUGCGAGCGAUUAUAUCACUGGUGCGAGGAUCUGGGUGGAUUGUGGUGCUCACAGUAUGUGA